AUGGACGAAAAUUUAGUCAGCGAAUUUCUAAGGCAAAGUUCUUGCUUUUUCAGCUCAAACACAGAAGAGCAGCUACCAGCGCACGCCUAUUUCCAAGAACUUGUAUACAAUCCUAUUGGACUUCAGCUUUCUAGCUAUGUAUUACUCCAAGAUACCUCUCACCAGUCUGUGUAUCUUGCCUCCCAAGUUCUUUUCAAUCUUAUUACAAAGUAAUUUUUAUACAGAAAGUGGAGCUUAUUCAGUCACGAGUGUCGGCUGAGCUUAUACAAGCAUAUCUUAUCAAAUUUAGUAAGUAAAGGGGAAGAUAUUCUAUAUUUAUAGAGGCUAAAAAUAUAAAAUAAUUAAAAAAAGCCUAUUUUUUAUAGAAAUUUAAGCUGUGAUUAUUCAAUAAUAGAUAUUUUGCUUAUAAAAGGUAUAUAUACAAAGCAGGAAAUAUGGUUUUAUUAUCAUUAUUAAGACUUUUAUGUAGGAUUGCUAGACAAUCAUGGAAUGAUAGCACAGAAUUCACGAAGCUUCCGACUUAUGCCCUAGAGUUUCUUACACAGUCCCCAGUCUAUAUAUGUAUCGGCUUACAGCUUAUAGACACUCUAAUCGAAGAUAUGAGCCCAAGCUCUGAAAAUGCUUUAACACAGCAUAAGAGAAAUGCCAAGCAGUUCCAGCAGGACUCUCUCCCAGCACUCUUUGGUAGCUGCACAAGUGCUCUGGCUUUAACUCUUACUCCCCCCCCCCCCCCUCCGUGAGCGAACAAAACCAUUAGAAAAAUCGCCAUUUUUUGACCAAAAACCCACCCUCCGUGAGUGAACAAAAAUUUUUUUUAAUAGAAAAAAAAUUUUAAUGGAAAAAAAUUUUGAUAUAUAAGUGAUAAUUAGUAUAAUGAAAUCUAGAGCUAAUUCUGUUUAAUUUUAAACAAAUUGCGUUUUAAAACAUAAAUUUUGCAAAUUAAAUUAAUAUUUGCUUCCCAAUUUUUGCAAAUUAGGAUUUUUUUAAAUUUCGAAAAAAAUAUUUUUUAUAAAAUUUAUAUAUAAAUUUUUUUUAAAAAAAAAAAUUAACCCCCCUCCGUGAGCGAACAAAAUUUUUUUGUUCGCUCACGGAGGGGGGGGGGGGGAGUUAGCGAAAGCUAUUCAGAGUCUGAUAAAUCUGGGAUUAUCCUUUUAUUUUUAAAAAUCCUUGUCAAUAUAUUAGAAUUCGGACAAAAUGAUGCAGAAAAUACAGAUUUUUUCGAAAUUUCGCCCUCACAAAAUCCUGGCUGGGGCACCUUGCAGUCUAUUGAUACUUCUAGGCAGAUUUUUGAGCUUUACCAAUACAUGCUCAGGCUUUCUAACAAAGAGGCUGCUCAAAACUGCUUAAAAUUCCAGGCGUUAUACCUAUCAAUAAAUAAAAACUUUUUCACUUCCCAAGACAUAAGAAUUUCAAUUAUCAUACAAAUAGUCCAAGGAAUCAGAGAAAUUUUGCAAGGCAAAAUUGGGCUUGACGAUGAAACUAUCCUUUAUGAAUUUGUCAGACUUGUAGCUAAACUAACAAGCAGUAAAGCACUUUUUGACGUAAAAAACCAUAUGAAUUUGUUAGAGUUUCUAGGCAAAAUUUUUUAUUUCACUAAAAACUCUAUAGAAACUGAUGUCCCUGAUAAUAUUAUUCAUUAUCAACUGCUUUUUUGGGAUUUUUUAUGCCCAGAAGUAAAAACAUUCCCAGAGGAUUUGAAAAAAUGCAUUGUGGAAAUUACAAAAUCUUAUACUUAUUUUUAAUAAUCCUACCAAAUAUCCUAUUGUUAUAUAAUGUCUAAUUGAAUAUUCUCUAUAAGCAGCUAUAUAUUACCUUAAUGCUGACUAAGGACGAUAGAGUUGACGACGAAGAAAUGCUUCUGGCUGAGCUAUCAGUGAUUUGUUCAUUGUCAAGGGCAGAUUUUGAAGGCAUAACAUCAUGGAUCAUAAUGAAAUUUGAAGAAUUAGCUUUGAUUGUACUGACAAAUCAAGAAGCAGCGGUGCAGUUGGAAAUUAUGGUUUAUAUAUUGAGCGUAAUUAUUAUAGAAAAUAAAAAAAUUUACUCAAAAUUUGUAGCACCAAAGAGAGAUGGGACUAUAAGGCCAAAAGCGUCGGAGACUACAUAUGAAGAACACAUGAUAAAUGGGAAUCUUGCCUAUCAUAUUUUACAGUUGAUGAGCUAUAUUGAUGUAAAUCCUUCAUUAAAAUCUACUGGACUAUUCUAUUAUAUAUUAAUUUUUCAUUUUUUAUAAACCUAAAACUCCCUCAUUUUUUAACAAAAAAUAAUCCACUUAUUUUUAUAUUUAUUACUAUCUUAUAUAAAACAGCAUAGUAAAAGCUUGCUUGUCCUUCCUUCGGUCAUUUAUUAAACUUUACUUCAAUAAAGAAGUUUCAUCUAACGUAAGCGGUACAUUUACAGCCUUAGCCUCCAAGCUUCAGCUAGAAAACGAAAGCUUAGUCUUAAGCCACAUUUUAGGCAAGCUUUUUACACACUUGCAAGAAGCCACACAAAAUACCUAUAAAGUCUGCUUAGAAAUGUUCUCAGACAUAAUUGACGGAACACGACUUAUUACCCACCCUUUAGAAAACUCAACAUUUUUAGUAUGCGGAAAUAUAGGAUUUUCUGACAAUAACGCUAUAGAAAUCCUCAGCACUUAUAGCCAAAAUAGGUUUACUUUUAUGGAUCCUCUGAUUAUAAAUAAAUCUCGCAGGUAUUUUAUUACGGCGAUAUCAAGACUUUAUUAUAUGUCAAAUGUAAAAUUGUCUAUGAGCUUUGAAGUGCUUUUUUCGCCUAUUAGUUUGUGUAUAGAAACUGCUUUACAGACUAAUAAUAUCAUCAUGAUGCAAAAUGCCUUAUAUGACCUUAGAGGAGUCUUAGAGGGGUCUUUAGAUUCCGACCAUAUGACAAAGUUUUUUGAUUGGUUUUAUCCUAAGCUUUCAGAACCACUAAGUGUGUUUAUAUGUAGCAACUGAGAUAAGCGAGAAAUUGCGAUACCAUUUUUGAAGUUUUUAAAAGAACUUUCUUUUAAUAGAACAGAAAGGCUGAGUUUUGCAUUUAAAGGUAACUUUUAUAUAUUUUGUAGUAGAAUGAAUGUUUUGAAGAUAAAUUUCCUAUUAUAUAAUCAAUUAUUAUUUACAUUAGAAAAUAAUUUCAGUAAAUCAAUUAAGAACAGGAUAGACUCUCAUAAAGGAUUUUCCUUAUUCAAAUACUGCGAAAAAAACAUUAUCUCUUUUUUUACGUUAAUCCUUAACUCUGCCAAUCCAGCUGAUUUAUACACAGAUAAAUACAAACCAAUAUCUCAGGCCUUAGUAAUUUUCACUAGACUCAUCACAAGUGGCUGCAUCUCCUUAAAAGCUUUACCCAAAGAUUUAUCAAUAAAACAGACGUUAGAAUUAGCUCUGUUAUCAAUAGUUACCAUUCCAAUAGAAGAUAUGAUUUCUUAUGUAAAAAUCUUUAAAAUUGUGUUUGAGCUGCUGCAGCUAAUAACCUGUACAGCUGAGCUUAGGGCGCUUGCUUUUUAUUCUUUGCCACAUGAUAAAUCUGCACAGUUGUUAUAUAUCAUAAAUGAAGGAAUACAGUCACUUGAUCAAAGUAUUGCAUUAGUUUCCCUUGUGACACUGAAAAAUAUAGUAAGAGAUUUAUGUCUUCCAAAGGAACCACCUGCUUAUGAUAUAAAGCUAAACUUCAGAAUGAUUCAGUCAGAGCCGCUUAAAAAACUCCUCAAAACCAUUUUCCUGAUGGUUCUAAGAGGUGAGGCUAAAAAUUUAUGAUUUUUAGAUUAAUUAAUCUGAUAAAAUAAAUAAUUAAAUUUUCUGGAAAAUUCAUAUAAUAAAGUAUAGGUAUUAUUAAUAGAAUCCUUUUAGGGCUAAUAAACUUAAACCAAGUUUAUUAUAGAGAAAUUUGUCCAGAAUUAACAUUUGCGCAGGGUACAGAACGCCAGCCACUUAUAGUUCAAGGUUUGGAAGCUUUGUGGAAUAACUUGAAUUUUAACUGGUUCCAGCUUGUCGGCCAAGAUGAUCCAAUUCAAAUAGAAAAAAAUAUGCACUGUGCAGGAAGCUUUGAAAAGAGAUUAGAGGUAUUUGUCAAACUUCUAUCACAAGCUGCAUAA